GCACGCGCACGGGCUGGCGGCGCGCGCCGAGCGGGGUGCACCGCGCGGGUGCAGCCACGAUGGAAGGUGGUGCGUACGGAGCGGGCAAAGCCGGGGGCGCCUUCGACCCCUACACCCUGGUCCGGCAGCCGCACACCAUCCUGCGCGUCGUGUCCUGGGUGUUCUCCAUCGUGGUGUUCGGCUCCAUCGUGAAUGAGGGCUACCUCAACAGCCCCUCGGAGAGCGAGGAGUUUUGCAUCUACAACCGCAACCCCAAUGCCUGCGGCUACGGCGUGACCGUGGGCGUGCUUGCCUUCCUCACCUGCCUGCUUUACCUGGCCCUGGACGUGUACUUCCCGCAGAUCAGCAGUGUCAAGGACCGUAAGAAGGCCGUCCUGUCUGACAUCGGCGUCUCGGCCUUCUGGGCCUUCCUCUGGUUCGUGGGCUUCUGCUACCUGGCCAACCAGUGGCAGGUCUCCAAGCCCAAGGACAACCCGCUGAACGAAGGGACAGACGCGGCCCGGGCUGCCAUCGCCUUCUCCUUCUUCUCCAUCUUCACGUGGGCGGGCCAGGCUGUGCUGGCCUUCCAGAGGUACCAGAUUGGCGCAGACUCGGCCCUCUUCUCCCAGGACUACAUGGACCCCAGCCAGGACUCCAGCAUGCCUUACGCCCCCUACGUGGAGCCCAGCACCGGGCCAGACCCCGCCGGCAUGGGUGGCACCUACCAGCAGCCGGCCAGCACCUUUGAGCCCGAGCCCCAGGGCUACCAGUCGCAGGGCUACUGAGCCACAGUGACCGCCUGCCCCCCGCCUGCCUAUGACCUGCUCCAGCUGCCCCCUGCUCCCUCCCUUCACACCCAGCCCCCUUCUCCCUCCCAGGCUGCCCUGCCCGGUCCCUCCAGGUGGUUCCACUGAGGUCCAGGGCAGCUCGGGUGGGAUGGGGCAGUGAGGUGUUGGGGGGGUAUCCACAUGUGUGUGCAGGUGUGUCCAGCAGGGCCCUGGGGUGUUUGCAUUCAUUCCUUGUGUCUUCGAGCAUUCGUUGAGCACCUACUGUAUAUCAGGCCUGUGCUUGGCAUGAGUGCUGAAAGACAAAUGGUCCCUGGAAAUGGGGAAGAGGAGAUGUGGAGGAGGCCCUACUGGUACCAGAAGUAGGAAUGGAGAGAAAGCUAGACCGGGAGGAUGCUGGGAAGGUUUGGCUGCAGGGUGUGAGCACCCACAGGACACUGGGGGCUGUCACCUGCUAGGAGUGAUACAACCGCCCUGCUAGGAGUGUUGGCCUGUCUCCAUUUUGUGGCUGAGGAAACUGACGCCUGGAGAAGUCAAGGUCACUCGCCCAGGGUCACUCAGGCAGCCAGUGAUAGAGAUGGGGCCAAGCCCAGGCCCCCUGACUGCAGAGCACCUGCUGUCCCCUGGCCUCCCCACCAUCCCCCCUCCCCGAGCCAGGGGCUCCACCGCUCAGUGCUACCGUCACUCUGGGAGGCCUUGGGGACCUCAGCCCAUGAGACACCCUGAUUCUGCUGCAAGCCAGGGGCCUGCUCUGCCCCGACUGUUCCCCCCAGUGGGACAGCCCUGCCUCCAGGCCCCUCUCCCCACAUCCCGCCAGCCCCUCCCCUGGCCGCCUCCCAGGGCGGGAGAGCAGAGAGGGUGGGCCUGGCUCCCGUGUGCCGCUCCAUGCUGCGCGUAUCCCGCCAGGAGCUCCAGCACGCCUUUGUGGCCUCCCGACGACUGACCACUGUCCCUGCCUCUAGGAGGGGCUCGCGAUGUCCCUGCCUCUAGGAGGGGCUCGCGAUGUCCCUGCCAGGGGCCGAGUGAACAAGGAGGCCUGGAUGGGGAGCACCUCGCCCAAGGUUACAGUGAGUGAGUGGCAGGGCUGGGCUUGCUACCUGGUCUUCUUGGUCCCAGCUACCCAGCAGGUGCCCCAUUCCCUGCCCUUGUGACCUCCCAGGAAACAGAACUGAUCUGGGACACUGUGUCAUCUUUCCUCAUUCGGGGUCAGCCAGGGGCCCAGGGGCUGGGACAGCCAAGCCAAAGCCUUCCAGAAGGCCUGCCAAACGGCUGGUCUCCCUACGGGAAGACAGGGGCUCUAGACCCAGCAAGGCCAGCCUGCAAGCUGCUGCCGUGGGACAAACUAUCCUCAAGAUGAACGGUGAGAGCCCCUGGGGCGUGGAAGGCUCCGGGAGGCCACAGGCUAUCGGGGAGAGGGUGGCAGGUGUCCUCAAAGGCACAGGGAGGGUUGUGGGGGACAGGGAGGGACUCUUACACAACGUGGGCUCUCCACUGAGCCCUAAGGGUUGGGGAGGCCUUGAAGAGGGGAGAGGCGUGGGGAGACCUGGGGCCCAGCGUCCACCAGCCAGUGCCUCGGGAAGCAGGGCACUGGGAUUGCAGGUCAGCACGGUGCUGGGUGUUCCCACCACCAGCCCCCACGAGAACCCUAAGGGGCAGGUAAUAUUUGUUCACUUGCUUGUUGAUUCAGCAGUUAUGGGGCAUCUGUGCUGGGAAUACAGAGGGUGGGGUCCCUGCCCUCAAGGAACUGACAGUCGUCAGAGAUGAGCAUUAAACCGACAGCUGUACCCAGGGUCCAUUACAGGGGUGAGGCGCUAUGCGAGUGCAUGACGGGCUGCGGCUCCCCAGGGAGGGGCCCUGAGGAUGGGCAGCAGUUAGCUUGGCAAUGAGGGACGGAGAGGGAAUUUCCUAGGCAGAGAAGUUGUCUCCACUUAAGGGGAAACUGAGGCUCAGCACGUGAAUUAGCAGUGGAGCAUGGAUCAGGUCUGGUCAAGUCCUCCCAAGGGGCAGCGGUGACAGGAGAGGACCCCAGACAGCCGAGUGACAGCUGAUUGUUGCUGACUUCAAUUUUCCACAUCUGGGGAAGGGGCUCUAUCUAUGGUUCUCUCCCCCCUGGGUGGCCCAAGUGGGGACAGGAUGGGGCUCUGGUAUCUGCCAGGUUGAGCGGUGGAACCGGUACCAGACCAGAGGUUUGCGAAAAAGGUAAGGGUGGGAGUGGGUGUGUUUCUGGCAGAGAGAAGUCCUGUGCCCACAUAGGAUUCUAUGAGAAGUCCUCUCCCUCACCCACUCCCCACCAAACACUUCCCCGGCUGAUGGGCACCAGGAGACCCCAGGGUGCUGCCCAUCUCUUCCCAUGGGCACCGACCAGCUGCUGGUGAUGCUGGGCUAGAGGGCAGUGUACCAUUUAAACUUUACCCGGUCGCUGGGUGUUUAUUACAGACUCUACCUGCCACCCCAGAAUGGGAAAAUUUACAAGGCCCUGCCAGGAGUAGGGGCUGCUGAAUCAUCUCACUCAGCAUUCCCCACUAGUCCUGGGGCGCUGCCCAGACAGGGUCCCGAGGUCAGGCUGUGCUGCGGUGGGGGUGAGAAACAGGAGCAGAGAUUUGGAGGGCGGGAUUUGAUUGAGACCCAGGGCUCCUGACUUCCCUACUGAGUGGUUGGUGGGGAAGCCCUGCUCCUUCUGUUGGCUGAGGACAGCUCCCUGGGGGCCCCAAGCUUAGAGCCUGUGCUCACAGGCCAGCGGUAUCCCCUUUUCCCUCCCUGCUGCCCCCCUCUGCCUCUCCCUUGCUUCCAAGCCCUUCCUUGGAGAAGGGCACCCCUGCAGUCCGACCUUGCUGAGUUUGGGCUCCCUCCUCCCAUCAAGCACAAGAGAGGGCCAAGGAAAACUGGGUUCCACACAAGUUUAGAGCUGCAAGGACACUUAGGGGAGUUAGAGUCUGGGCCAGGAAGACAGUGACUUGUCCAAAGUCAAGCACAGAGCUAGAGGUUCGGGAUCCAGGUCUCCUGCCUCUGAGUUGACACUGAUCCUGCUGCAUCACAGGCACCUGCCUGGGUGCGGCUCCUGGUCCACCUGGGUGUGUAACAACUGAGGGACUGACUCCCAGGGUACUGGUAUCUGCUCCCCACUCCACCCUUCCCUGGUGGUUCUUGAUCUUCCAAGACUGUUGGGGGUCCCAGGCUUCCCCCAUGUAACCAAGAGCCCCCGUGUUACCCCUCGGGAGCCCCCAACCUUGGUCCAAGACCCCUUUGAUUCUCUAAGGAGCACAAAGGGGGAGCACUCCUCCCAAGAGUUUGUGGGAGGAUGGACUUGUCCAUCCGUCUCCCAGCGCUGCCCCUUGAUGUGACACUCGCCAUCCCCUGGUGCCCACAGCCCUUGUCUGGGUGCCCUGGCCCUUCCCGCAGCGUUACUGCCUGUGUAUAGUAUAAAUAUAUAUAUUUUCUAUAUAUAAGAUGUAUAAUAUAAGGCUCCACAAAUGUAUCUCUGUGCGUGUGUGUGUGUGUGUGCAGUGAAUGGCAGUCCCCAUCCUGGGCCCCCACUCUGGACUCCCCCACCACCUGGUUAAGUCUCUCAAGAGUGAAUCCAGUGGCCCCGUGGCACCCUCCUCUAUGACAUCCGUCCAUUUGUGGUGAACCAAGUGAAGGUGGUGACUUCUGGUGACAUAGUAAUAAAGUGAAGACUCCAAACCCACCAGUGGA